CCCAGACCCCAUGGAAAACAUCCGGUUGGCGCAGUAUUUUGAGCUGCUUUUUCUACAGUAAAUAGAAGUAAAUUACGGUUUUUAAUGUAGCGUGUCUGUCACGCAGGGAAUUGAAACAUGAAUUAAAUACACGGUAAUAUAAACAAAUCGAACUUAAUAUGGACAACGGGGUCUCACAGAAAAUGCGACCCAGGGAGCUGCCUCCUCUACCUCAGCGAGGACAGAGAGCGCUUCCUGCAGUGCCAAGAGAAGACAUGGCUGAUGUGCCAAAACAAAAGAAGAGGAGGGUGAGAAGGGAGGCAGGCGACACGGACGGGUCACAAGAUCAGGCAAUGAACAUGGAAGGCCCGGGCAGCAGACGGACAUCUGACGUCGGAGAGAACGUUUCACUUGAAACACCUGCUGAUGCUCCUCAAAGGAAGAAGAAGAAAAAGAAGAGCGCGACAUUAGAUCUGGAAGACGACCAAGCUGAUCUGCUGAACGGGGACACGGGGGAUCAGACUAAGAAGAAGAAGAAGAAGCCAAAAGCUGUGGAAUCGUCACUUCCGGAUGAAUUGGAUAUAGAAGAAGAUGACGUGGUCACAGACGUAACAUCUCCCAUCCCACAGCAUUCCCUGUUCUCUGCCCCACAGGGACAGAGCCAGCCUGUCGGGAAGGUCUUUGUGGAGCGCAACAAGCGCUUCCAGGCAGCAGAGCGCUCCGACUGGAGGAAGCCCAGCGACCAGACGGAAAACAACGACUUCCAGCUCAUGCAGCCUCGCUGGACCACCAGAGAUGUUUCUCUAAGGGUGCAUGAAGGAUUCAGGUGGACCCAGAUUGCAUUGGAUGACUUGAUUCCAUGUGUGACUCAAACCGUGUGCUUUUGUCUCCGAUUCAGGAUGUUCGCGCUGUACUGUCACGGCUUUCUAGCAGGAUAUGCCGUGUGGAACAUGGUGGUGGUGUACGUGCUAGCUGGGCAGCAUCUCAGCGCUCUCCCCAACCUGCUGCAGCAGUACCACUACUUGGCUUACCCGUCCCAGUCGCUGCUCUACAUGCUGCUGGCCAUCAGCACGGUGGCGGCUUUUGACAGAGUCAACCUGGCCAAGACUUCCAUGGCACUGCAGGAGUUGAUCACACUGGACCCGGUGGCUAUCGCCUCAUUCUUGUAUUUCUCCGCGUUGGUGCUCUCUCUCAGCCAACAGACCACGAGCGAUCGCAUCAACCUCUACCCCGUCUCCAACUCAACAUUAUGGCCGACGGGGUCCGAGCACCAAAUACUUCACCCUUGGGUCACGGUCAACCUGGUGGUGGCGCUGCUGGUGAGCCUGGCCUGGAUGUUCAUCACCAGUCGACCCGAGGCAGACUAUACUAAAAGUUAUCUGGUUGCCAUGCAACUCGAACCCUCCAAGAUGGACGACAAGUCAGAAAUGAACGCGUGAUUACGUGUGUCUCUUGGACGUUGUUUUCUCCAAACUCCUGUAUGACCUUGAAUCCACCAUGACACCAUGCGGCUUUCAGGUACCAACAUUACACACACAGCUCAAGAAGACGCUUCACUCAUCACUGUGGACAACGGAACGCUGCAAGAGUCACCCAAAGGAAGUGCGAACGACUCCGAAAAUUAGGAAAAAGCCAAAAGAAACAAAUAAAAUUGUUCAUUUAGGAGAGCUGUUCAAUUGAUUCGACUCCUUUGCGACACAUCACUCGGGCACACAAAUUGCUGUAAUUUAUAUUUUUUUGUGUAAUGUUUUGUACUUGUGUUUCACUGUAAUAAAAUAUGUUCCAUUUUAGGGUUAUAAAUA